UCAGUCGUCUACAGCAACUUCAACGAAAGACAUAAGCAUCAGUGACAUCCAAGUUCAUGUCUGUGUGACAGUUACAAACUUUUCAUUAAUGGCAGGGAGCCCUGGCAUCACAAAACAAAUUGGCAGUUUCAAGUUUACUGUCACAACUGUAUCCAAAUGGCUUGACGAAUCCGAAAAAUCAGUAUUCUGCAAUGUGACAGAAACAGGAGACAUUUUGGAGGUGGAGCAUAAGGAUUCCCACCACUGGGGUAUCAGUAUCAGAACAACAGCAUCACGAAACAAAGGUGCUGAUGGAAUCCAAGUUGUAAGCUAUAGACCUGAUCAGGGAAAAGUAGUGCAGGAGAAACUAGAGAAAUUCUGGGUGCCUGAUAGCCGGAUACGCAUCAACAACAAAAGUGAUCAAAAUAUGCCAUAUCACAGUGAAGAAGAGAUCAGGCAACAGGUGACAUACGCACUAAGACAUCAGAAGAAGCAGAAAUGGCACAACAGUGAACAUUUUGCCCACUGGUGCCGCCAUGGUAAAAAGGUUGGAAACGAGCAGGAGAGAAAUGUCAGUGAUAUGGCAAAGUGGGGAAGCAUAUCAGCCAGUGCUGGAGCAUGGAUGUUCAUGAAAACCAGAAGACAGCGGCACAACACACAAUAGAAAUACCCAAGUUGCUUUUUUACUACACAGAACCAAGUUCACAACUUAGUAUGAAUAUUGAUAAAUUACAUAUAAGACAUGAACAACAGUGUAUUAAUCACUUGUGAUAAAACAAGAUGUCACUGCAAACUCACAAUGUUACCACAGUUGUCUACAAUCCAGCUGGUAGUGUUCCUGGUUUUCCACAUUAACUCUGAUAGAAAGAGAGCUCAUACAAUAAUCCCUUUGUUCACCCAUCCACACCCAAUCUACUUACCAACCCAACCAACCCAGCACAAACUGGACCAUUACAAAUCAUAAGCUUGAGGAUAUGGAAGAAAGGAGCAAUAAAAUAUUACAAGAUACCAUCACAGAAUUUUCCUGGAGUGACUGAGGAAUAUCUAAAAAGCAAUUCCUUGGUUCCACAAGAAAGAGCUUAAUUUAUAACACAUCAAUGGGGCCUCUCAGUGCAGUAUAUGCAGAUACAGCAUAGCUACUGUAGACAAAAAUACAUGGGUAUAUACUGGCCCUUAAUCCUGAGAAAGUUAGUGGACAUUAUUUAUCUUGCUAAGAAAGCACCAGUAGUUUUUAUAACAGAUUUUCUUACAUGGCAGCUUCGAAAGUUCUGAGACAGAAACAAUUAGUCACAGUAAAUAUAAAUGUAAGUUCUUACUUUUACAAAUAUA